UCUGCCCGGUUCUGCCAUCGUUGGCUGGUUGGCUGUGCCGGUUCUUUGUUCUGGCUUGUUCCUGUAGUGCUGGGUGCUGGUGUGUUGCUACAGUCACUAUAGGUGUGGCCAGUGUCUCAUGCUCUCAGUAGGCCUGGUUGUGCAAACAGUUAUUCGGAGUGCUGCAGAAAUUAAUUGUUUGUUUCAGCUAACUCACGGGCUUCGAAGCUUCAGACGCUCUCUGCACCUACAAACAACUAGUUUUAGUUUCAGCACUAAACCCCAGCAGCAUCGCACUAUGUCUGCAGGGCCUGUGUUUGAAAGGCUCCCGAAGAAUGUGGUCCCUCUGAACUACAAACUUGAAAUCAAGCCAGAUCUGAAAAACUUCGUAUUCGACGGCAAAUCCGUGGUGCAAGUCAGGGUUGUGCAGCCCACUUCAAAGGUAACCUUGAAUUCACUGGACAUUGAUAUUAAGUCUGCCGAGUAUGUCUCUUCCAGCGGAAGUGUCCACAAGGCAGGCAACAUUAGCCUGUCAAAGAUUGACGAACGAGCAGAGCUUUCCUUUGACACAGAACUCUUACCAGGCGAUGGGUUGUUGAAAAUGACCUUUACUGGUGAACUGAACGAGAACUUGAAAGGGCUAUACCGGGUGAAAUACAAGGGAACCAAUGGCGAGGAGAAAUAUGGUGCUGUCACUCAAUUUGAGUCCUCAGAUGCCAGAAGAGCAUUUCCAUGUUGGGAUGAGCCGGCCAUCAAGGCCACAUUUGAUGUCACUCUAGUUGUGCCGAAGGACCUAGUGGCUUUGUCGAAUUGUAAUGUUGUGAGUGAUCAGCUUCUGUCGCCUGAGAACACACAUCGAGAAGUGAAGUUUGCGACUACUCCGAUAAUGUCGACAUACCUGGUGGCCAUGGUUAUAGGGGAAUAUGAUUACGUCGAAGGAAAAUCUGCAAGUGGUGUUUGUGUCCGUGUGUACACACCUGUAGGAAAGAAGGAGCAAGGAGUAUUUGCUCUUGAAGUUGCCGCUAAAGCAUUAUCAUUUUAUGAGGACUAUUUUAAUGUUCCGUACCCUUUACCCAAGCUGGACCUGGUUGCAGCGGCUGAGUUAGCUGCGGGGGCUAUGGAAAACUGGGGUCUGGUCAUAUACAGAGAGGUAUAUCUACUUUAUGACCAUCAGAAUUCUUCUGCUCGGAGCAAGCAGUACGUUGCAAUUGUUGUUGCUCAUGAGCUGGCACAUCAGUGGUUUGGAGACUUGGUUACUAUGGAGUGGUGGACUGACCUGUGGCUAAAUGAGGGAUUUGCCACAUUUAUGGAGUUCCUUUGCGUGGAUCACAUUUUCCCAGAAUUUGAGGUUUGGACUCAGUUUGUGACUGACUGUUACGCAAUGGCUCUCGAGUUGGAUGCUCUCGACAACAGCCACCCUAUAGAAGUGCCUGUUGGUAAUCCACAGGAAAUUGAUGAAAUUUUCGAUGACAUUUCUUACAAAAAAGGUGCAUCAGUGAUAAGAAUGCUUCAUGCAUACAUUGGAGAUGAGAACUUCAAGAAAGGAAUGAGCCUGUACCUCACAAAGCACAAAUACAAGAAUACCGUGACCAAGGACCUGUGGAAAAGUUUGGCAGAUGCUUGCCACAUGCCUGUUGAAGAGGUUAUGAGCACAUGGAUAAAGCAGAAGGGGUAUCCAGUGAUUAGCGUAUCUGGAAAACAGGAUGGUAGCUGUAGGCAAGUGACCUUUUCUCAGGAAAAGUUCUGUGCUGGUGGCAAAGCUGAAGGUGAUACUUCACUGUGGAUGGUCCCUGUGAGCAUAUGUACAGCAAAAGAUUCAUCUACCAUUGCAAAGAAGUUUCUCCUCGACUCCAGGUCAUCUGAAAUUCAAGUGAAAGAUGUUGCACCAGACGAAUGGAUAAAGGUCAAUGUUGGAAUGAAAGCGUUCUACAGAACCCUCUACUCAGAAGAAAUGCUGGACAGACUCAUUCCUGCAAUUAAAGAUAAGGUUCUGCCACCUUUGGACAGAUUAGGCCUGCAGAGUGACCUCUUUGCAUUGGUUCGAAGUGGACAUAAGUCAACUGUGGAGGCCUUAAAGCUAAUGGAGGCCUUUGUAAACGAAGACAACUGUAAUGUGUGGUGUUCCAUCAGCUCAUGUCUUGGGAACCUGAACCAACUGCUCCUUCACACAGACCUCCAACCAUUGUUGCAUGCAUAUGGCUGCAAGCUUUUUAGCACAAUAUUUGCUAAAGUAGGUUGGGAUGCCAAGCCUAAUGAAGGUCAUCUGCAAACACUGUUGCGAAGCAUUGUCAUUCAGCGCUUAUGUCGUUUCAAGGAUGAGAAAGUCCUGCAUGAAGCCAAACGUCGAUUUGAUGCUCAUAUUGAAGGCACGACCACUAUCCCAGCAGACCUAAGGGGCUCUGUGUACCUUGGAGUUGCUGCCACAGCUGACAAGGCCACAUACAACAAGAUGCUUGAGUUGUAUAGGAAAGUGGAUCUUCAAGAAGAGAAGAUCAGGAUAGCCUGUGCUAUGGCAACUGCUUCUGACCCAGAACUCAUAAAAGCAACACUCGACUUCGCUAUCUCUGAUGAAGUACGUUUACAGGACUGCGUAUUCGUGAUUGGAAGCUGCACUAGGUCAAAAGAAGGUCUACACAUGUCCUGGAAGUUUCUCCAGGACAACAAGGAUUUACUCACAGCACGCUUUGAUGGUGGCUUCCUGUUAUGCAGCCUUGUUAAAGAUUUAACAGAAAACUUUGCAUCAGAGGAAAAAGCUUUAGAAGUGGAGGAAUUCUUCCGCCAGAACCAUUUUCCUGCAACAGAACGUACUGUUCAGCGAUCAUUAGAGAACAUCCGUCUCAAUGCAAAAUGGCUGCAAAGGGAUGCAAGCAAGAUAAAGGAGUACUUCCUGCAUCAUUGAUCACUAGCCUGUUCUCUGAGCACACCUCCUAUAAUUUCUCAACUGUUCUAGCACUUGGAGUAUGUAUUAGAUUUUGCACUGCUGUGACAUUUUGCCAAAAUAUUUACUUUUAGUUUAGAAAAUUAAUUGGAGUAAUUUGAAUGAGCUUAUAUCUGAACUAUUGGGCAAUACUGCUCGUAUUGGAAUUAUAUUUUGCAGGAAACAAAAAUGAUGGGAAAAAUAGCAAAAACAUUUUGUAAAAACUAACCUGUCAGUCUUGUGCACUAUUUGGCUUGCGGAUAACAUGUGAUUGGUGACUUGGAAAAUAAAAGCAAUUUCAGUUCAAUAA